CCGGGGCAGCUGCAGCAGGAGGUGGACCGUCUGGAGGAGCUGAAGCUGCAGAACAUGAAAUCCGUCAUCCACGCCAUUCGGGCAGAGCUGGCUGACUACUGGGACAAAUGCUUCUACAGCCAAGAGCAGAGGGAAAGGUUCAGCCCCUUCUAUGAUGAGGAUUACACAGAGACCCUGCUCGAGCUGCAUGACGCUGAGGUGGGAAAGAUGAAGAUCCACUAUGAAAGACACAAAGAUCUGUUUCAGGCUGUUCAGAAGUGGGAGGAGAACUGGAAGCUGUUCCUGGAGCUGGAGAGUAAAGCAAAUGACCCCAGUCGCUUCACCAAUCGAGGAGGAAACCUUCUGAAGGAGGAGAAGCAGCGAGCAAAGCUGCAGAAGACGCUGUCCAGGCUGCAGGAGGAGCUGGAGAGGAAGGUCCAGACCUGGGAGGAGGAGUUCAAGGGACCUUUCCUGGUGAAGGGGCAGCAGUUCGUGGAGUAUGUGUCAGAGCAGUGGCAGCAGUACCGGCUGGAGAAGGAGAAGGAGAAGCAGGAGCGGGUGAGUACAGAGCUGAGCAUGUUGGCUCCUACCAGGGAGUGUCCCUGGCUCCAGCCUGAGAAUGCCAGCCUAGGGCUGUCCCUGCUGGGCCCCAGCCACUGCCCUGGGGUCUGCCGGCUCAUUCCCAGCUUGGAAGCGGCAGCACUGUCCCGUCUGAGCAGUGUGGAUUUUGGGCCAGAUGUCACCUCUUCUGACAAGAGUAUUAAAGUGCUGCUCAAUUCCCAGGACAAAGUGUUCAGCCAGAUCCGGAAUGAGCACUUCUCCAACGUCUUUGGCUUCCUGAGCCAGAAGUCACGGAACCUGCAGGCGCAGUACGACAGCUACGGACCUGAGCACUUGCUGACCUUCCACAACCUGAAGCGCAUCGGGCUGCUGACCGAGCAGGCAGCCGGGGAGACGCUGACAGCCGUGGAGAGCAAAGUCAGCAAGCUGGUGACAGACCGUGCUGCAGGAAAGAUCACGGAUGCAUUCAGUUCUUUGGCCAGGAAGAGUAAUUUCCGAGCCAUAAGCAAGAAGCUGGGGUUGACACUGCAGUGGCGCUGGGCAGGCAGCCCCGUGUCCUCCAUCCUGGGCAGGGGCUGCUUUCCUCUCAAAGGCACUGUGUCUCUUGGCUGUGUAGAUAUCGGUGCCUGUGAGUCUAUCAUGAAAAAGAAAACCAAGCAGGACUUCCAGGAGACCAUCAAGGCUGAACACUCACUGCUGGAGGGCUUUGACAUCCGUGAGAGCACCAGCUUCAUCGAGGAGCACAUCGACCGCCAGGUGUCCCCCGUCGAGAGCCUGCGCCUCAUGUGCCUCCUGUCCAUCACUGAAAACGCAGAGGGGAGGGCGCUGCAGCUGCCGCAGCUCUCCUGCCUGUGCUCAGCUCCUGCAUCCCAUAACUGCCGCCUCUCCCCACAGUUCAGCCGGACCCGGACCCCCACCCACCCGGCAGUGAAGCCCCCCCGACGCAGGCUGAGGGAGCAGAACAAGGAGAAUGUGUUGCAGCUGGACAGAACCACCCUGAGUGGUGGGUGCACCCCCAGAGCCCCCGCCCAGCAUAACCACAGCGUUAGUUCUGUUGCCAGCACCUAUUCUGAGUUUGCGCGCCAACUCUCAAAGGCUUCCAGCUCUGAAAGCAUCUCCCGUGUUCUCAACUCCACCACCAACAAUGCCGCGUGAUGCAGCCCUGCUCCGACAGCAAUGCAGGGCCUGCCGCAGCUCCCGCUCCCGGAUAACGCUCCCAUCCGUUGCUGCUUUAGAAAUGUGCUUUUAUUAAAUAAAAAAUUUUAGAUGUUGUAAAUAAAGUUCUUGUACAGCCCCAGCCUCCGGGCGCGUCUGGGGGACCCUGCGCGGAGCGAGGGAGGCGGGGGCAGCACAGAUCCGCGGGGCGCGGCCUGGGGGAUCUCAGCCAAUCAGGAGCAGGUGCUCCUGCUGCCGCUUUUCCGGCCAAGCCCAGCGGCCUCAAUCUGUGCCGGGAUUGGCCAAAUUAACUGGAAUUCCGAGCUCUGAUUGGCUGAAAGAGCUGGCACUUCAAUCCAUGCGGUGAUUGGCCAAACAAGGAGCCGUCCCUAUUAUUUCCUCAUUGGCUAAAAAAAAAAAACAAAAACCUCGAACUUUCAAUCCUCAUCAGGAUUGGCUGAAGAAGCAGUCCAAUCCGAAUCCUGAUUGGCUGAAGAAGCAGUCCAACCCGAAUCCUGAUUGGCUGAAAAAGCUAGCGCUGCUGUGCCCUGAUUGGCCGAACGGGCUGCAGAGCCGAUCCGCUCCGCACCGGGAGAGGCUGCGCAAGCCGGGCGUGCCCUGGCGAGCCACGGCCGCAGCCUCAGUCCGGACCGUGCCGAGCCAGAGCCGCAUCUCAGUCCGGACCUGCUGUGCGUCCCAGUCCCCCCGAGUUACUCUGCACGCCCCACAGGAGCAGAAUCAGCCCCAGCUCUGUGCCAGCGCUGCUGUCUGUGCCACUCCCCAGAACGAGCACCGUGCUCACACAAACCCAGGCACAGCCCCGUGCAGUCCCCGCCCCAGGACAGCUUCACUGGAGCCCGAUAUGCUGGAACACGGCUCGCACACACCAACACGGCAGCCCUGAUGGAAAAGUGAAUUUAAUGAACACAUCCAGCCCGCCCCAGGGUGUCCCUGGCCCUGAUGCAGCUGCAGCCCCACUCCAGCGUGUCACUCAGGUCACUGUGGGCUGAACUCAGGAGGGCUGUGCCGCAGGAGGGCUGCCUGCCCUGCCCUGAGCACAGAGCGGUCCUGCAGCUGGUCCUGCAGAGCAGAGCCUGCCCUCACCCCCAUCUGCAGCACCCACAGCUCCUGGGGCCCUCAAUGCUCCCGCACACGCACAUAGGUGGUCCAAGGCCCACACACCACCUCCUCCACCCGCAGCCCCUCGGCCACUAGGUGCUCCACGCGGCGUGCCUGGUCACAGCUGGUGUUGUUCCCGUGUCCCAGCUGCCCGUAUUUACCUGCACAAACAGUCAUGACACUGGGGCCUCACAGGGCAAUUGCUCCUGGUGUUUGUGGGGAGGGAACACAAGAGCCCCAGUGUAGACAGAACAGUACAGCGACAGAAGAGCCAAGGGCGAGAGAACAGGAACCAGAAGCUGCUCCCAGGGAGGCUGUACAGUCCCAAAGCAGGGGUGCCACUUACCCCAGCCCCAGGUGUAGAGC